AUCCUCUGGGAUGCGAUGCACAGCAACGAUCCCCCGUCUUCUGGCUAAAGAACAGAAUAGAUAUAAUUUUUUUAUUGGCCUUUGGUGCAGAUGCUCUCAGUGUACAUAAAAGAAAAGAAACGUUCAUCAAGAAUUCUAAGCCCUUCCAAGGGAAGACCCCGGAGGGUCUCCUGCUCUGGAUAGCGCUCUGAUGUUGACUGUGCCUCUGGCUUGGCGGCAGGGUCUCCCAAUGGUUCCAGCCACCUCUGGAAAUCCCCUGGCGCCUUCAACACCCCCGGGAUUACACGCCACAAACUUUCCACAGGAAAUGGGUGAUGGCGGAAAUGAUGCAUUUUAGCCACAGAUAAAGUUUCAUCUCACAUCCCCCCUGCUUUGAGGCACACUCUGAACAGGCAGUUCUGGAGGAGCAGCUCUUUCUUGAGCCCGAGAAUGAGGGUCUUGGACCAUCCAGGGACCCUGCUUGGACUCCUCUUGCUGCUGGUGGCCCCAGGCAAGCCAACGGCGGCAGGCAGCCCCCAGGCAAAAGUGGAUUGCAUUUGCCACAAUGGCGAUUACGUGACCUGCGAGUGGGGCAGCCAACAGAAGCCGCUUCACAACUACUCUUUCUUCUUCUGGUACGAGAAUCUCAGCAAACCGUCAGAGUGCAAAGAUUACCUCCAGAAAGACAGGCUCAACGUGGGCUGCCAGCUCGGCCAUUGUCACUGCUUCAACUUCAUGAGAAUGUACCUCAAUGACAGUCACGGGCAGACUGUUGUCCCUCCGGCCCUGCUUCUGAACAACCGAGUGAGACCUGGCAGGCCUUUUAACCUCACCUUGGGCAACCUGAGGAACCACCAGCUGCUCAUGACCUGGAAAACCCCCUACAAACGCCCCGGCUGUUUGCAACACAUUGUCAGAUACAAGAGCAACAAGGACACACAGUUUAUGGAACUCCCCGUCAAUAACAUGACAUUCCAAAUUCCCAGCGUGGAUCCUGAGAAGCGCUACACCUUCUACGUCAAGAGUAAACUGCACAUGAAGUGUGCAAGCACAGAUCUCUGGAGUGAGGAAUCCAAGCCUGCCUUUUGGGGAAAAGAAGACGUGUCCCCCUCUUUGCUGGCUUCAGUUAAAACCAUUGUGAUUCCGUUGGGCUCCUUCCUCAUUCUGAUGCUGCUGCUCUUGGCCUUGCUGCGGAUGGAGAGAGUGUGGGUGGUCCUAAUGCCCAGAAUCCCGAACCCUAGCAAGAAGUUUGAGGAUCUCUUCACUGCAUAUCAAGGCAAUUUCUCAGAAUGGGCUGGAGUCUCCAAAGACGUGGUGGAGACCUUCAAGCCCAACUAUUAUGAAAACAUCUGUGCCAUCACGGAGCUGCUGCCCAGCGGGGGGUACCUGUCUGCAAGCAGCGAGCCCACAGCCAAGAGCGGGGGGCCACCUGACCCAUUGCCAGACCCUCCUCCCAAGGCCAACCCAGAUCCUGCAACGUUCACCACCUGAGUUUGCACAGGGAGCCCGCGUGGAGGGAGGGAGUCCUGCCUCCAGGGCCCCAAAGCCCCCCCCCCCACCUGCUUGUAAUGGGAUGGAAGGGAAUUCCGCCAGGAAAGGAAUAACACAAGUUGACCCUGCUGAAAGAAUGUCCUGCAAGAGCCUAAGCUGACCCCUGGCUGAGCUUUCCCCUUCUACAGUGGGCAUCCUGCCCCCACCACCCAUGGCGACUACUGCUUUCUUCUGCUGACUGAGUGGGUGCAUGUCCUGUACUCGAAUAAAAAGGCCCUCGGUCAUUCCGUCUCUUGCCUUCUUCAUCUGUGCCUUCCAGGGGUCUGGUUGUAUCCCACCCCUGGUAACCUGGGUCCUAGUUCGAUGGUUGAGUUGUUGCAUCACAAGGCCCUGGUCACUUCACUGCUUCUGC